AUUGACUGUGACGAAUCAGAAUAAUGUUUUGGAUACUGAAAGCGCUGGUGGCGUUUUGUGGGCUCACAACCCUUUACGCUGCCACUGAUAAAGUGGUUUGCUAUUUAGGAAGUUGGGCUUCUUAUCGAGCGGGGAACGGUAAAUUCGUGGUGGAGGAUAUCAAUCCAAAGCUGUGCACCCAUAUCAUUUAUUCUUUUGUGGGAUUGGAUUCUACCACUUAUACGGUGAAGCAUUUGGACACCUACAAUGAUAUUGACUUACAGGCAUUCCAACGGUUCAUUGGCCUCAAGUCUCGAAAUCCCAACGUCAAGCUGAUGGUCGCAAUCGGCGGUUGGAACGAAGGUUCAAUCAACUACUCAAACAUGGCAGCGUCUGCCACCUACCGCAAGAAGUUCAUCGAUUCCGUUGUGAGUUUUCUGCAAACGUACAAAUUUGAUGGUUUCGAUGUCGACUGGGAAUAUCCGACGCAAAACGGGGGAAGCGUGACCGCUGAUCGUGCUAAUUUCGUAACGCUUCUCAAAGAGCUACAGUUGCGUUUCAGCUCUCUCGGCUACAUUUUGUCGAUCGCGGUUGGAGCUUCCACGGCUCUGCGCCCCACUGCGUACAACGUGCCGGAAAUCAACAAGUACGUCGAUUUUGUAAACUUGAUGACCUACGAUUUCCACACUUUGUGGGAUGGAAGGACGGGGCACAAUUCGCCACUGUACGCCGCUAGUUGGGAGGGAUCGACCAGCACUCUUAAUGUAGAUGCCGCUAUCCGAGGAUGGCUAGGUGACGGUUUGGCUGCCAGUAAGUUGAUCAUGGGCAUUCCAGUGUACGCACAAACAUUCACUUUGGCAUCUAGUGGAAGCAAUGGCGUCGGAGCAUCAACGAUUGGCGGAGGAACAGCUGGACCAUACAGCCAACAGGCAGGAAUGCUAACCUAUUUGGAGGUUUGCGAACGUUUGAAGACUGGUUUCACCAAAGUGUGGGAUGAUGUUCAGAAAGUUCCGUAUGCAUUUUCGGGAAAUCAGUGGAUCUCGUACGAUGACGUUACGUCAAUUGGGUUGAAGGUGGCCUACGCCAAAAGUAAGGGUCUCGGGGGUGUGAUGAUGUGGUCGAUCGAAAGUGAUGACGAUCAGGAUGUGUGUGGUGGUGGAGCUUAUCCAAUUGUUGGAACCAUCAGCAAGGCAGUGAUGGGUGGUUCCUCGGGAACAACGGUGAUUUCAACAACAGUGUCGACGACAAAAGCAGCAACGGUAACGCAAACGGUCAGCACUACAAAACCGAUAGUGACAACAACGAAAUCAGUUGUAGUAACAACAACGACCAAAACUACGACCCGUCCAGGUGGAACAUCCACUUGCAUAAACGGCUUUGCUAGGGAUCCCACUGAUUGUCGAGUUUAUUACCAAUGUUCUGCCGAUGGGAUGCCCAACCCUAGCUGGCGUGCAAUGUGUCCAGCAGACACUUACUUUGACGUGCGAUACAGUGUUUGCAACUGGCAGAGCUUGGUCAGUUGUCCCUAGUAAUGUUUAUGUUCUCGAUUAUAUUUCACAAAAAAAAACGAACAUAAUUGUUGAAUUUGAGAAAUAAACUACUAACGAAAAA